AUGAAGCCUACAUCUGUUAGAUAUUUUAGUCAGACUGCGGUAGAACAGCUGACAAGACCCUGGAAGAAAUACCGUGAUGGUACUCUAUUCUAUGGUUUAAGUAAAUCAGGGAACAGAAGAACUCCAUUAACUACAAAACAAGGGAAUAAGACUAUGUAUAAAGGUACUAGAUCCUCAGGUAUUGGUAAGCAUACCAAGUUUGGUGAAUAUGUGAUUAACUGGACCAAAGUACGUACUUAUGUGACGCCCAAAUACUUAAAUAUGGAUUUGAAACCUUUAUUGAGUAGUAACUUACCUGAAUUAAAACAUGAAUUUAAAGGGUACUCAAAGGGUCCACAAGAUACUAAAUUAUAUAUUCAAAAAUUGAAGGAUUUUAUCAUGAAUGGUAGAGUUCAAAGUGAAGCAAGUGAUGUUAACUGCUAUGUUGAAAGGGGUUAG